AUGGACCGAGAAAUCAAGGUGAGAGCAAAAAUUAGUGAAGCAGCAAAAUUUUACAGAACCGAGCUGGUCAGUCAUGCAUUUUAAAUCGCUCUGAGUCCACCGCCACACAAACAUUAGAUGAUAGACCUGUGAUCACCUGGGACCAGGCUGUACGGUGGGAGAAAAAGGCAAAAAACGGGGUGAAACACCGAAGCAAAAAAAAAUCGGCGAGCGAAGCGGUGGACUGGGAGGAGAAAAGGGCAGCGCCACCCUCUUUAGACUACCGCUCGCCUUGCUUCGCCCGCCGAUAUUUUUUUCCUUUUUCCGUCAAUGCAGAACCUUGUCCCAGGCUAGAAUGAGAGCAAUAAAAACUGUCUUGAGUCGAACGGGCGACUAAAAAAAUCAGUCUAAAAUUUUUCAAAAAAAUGAAAACUUGACUAAAACUGAACUUUUAUUUGCAAAGAACUUGGCUCCUUAUGUCUUUUUCCUUUCAUAAACAAUAAAACGGAGAGCGAGACUGGGGAGAGCGUGUGAGGCUCUUGAGCUACACUUGAAACCAAAAUUGAGCAAAAAAACCGACUGUUUUGCAGUCUACCGUCGUCCCGACUGGCUGCCCAUGCAUGUUCUGCGAGCAUUGGAUAAUCAAAGCCCAUGAAACCUUUUCUUUUUAUUCUGACAAUUGCAGGCCAUCAAUUCCAGGUUAAAUGGCGCCCACGUACAGUGUGAAGACCUGCUCACACCUUGGGCCGAAAAGUCCGAUGCGCCCAUCAUGUUUUUAGACCGACAAUACGUACAGUGCGCAAAAGAAAAGUUCUUGGCCAGAUUUCACCUCACCAGGCAGGGUAGUCAUGGCAACUCCGCUGUUCGCUUCGAGUACCGCUGCUGCCAGUUCAUUCUGUAA